GUUAUUUUUAUAAUAUGGCUAAUAAUACUAACAAGUUUUCCAAUGAUUUAAAAUAACAAAUAAAUAUUCACAAGAGAUCAGACAUUAGACGUUUGUUUACAUUAAGAUUUUAAUUGUGUUUUAACACAUAUAUACUGUAUAUUGCAUUAUAACUUUAAGCAAACUAUUGGAAAUUAUUUAACAUGCGUUUCACAUAGAGGAACCUUACGGAUGGGGUAACAGACAAUCUGAUGGUGUGUUCGCCAAUCAUUUGCCAUUUUACAGUGAAACUCUGAUAAAUUGAAUAAAUUAUUGCGUUAAUUAGCACCACAAAUGCAAAUCAAGUAAAUUAGUGAUCGGACACUAAGAAAAAUAACAAAACAAAUACAAAUCAUUUUAAAAUCGGACGUUUUGAGUGAAAAUAUUUUUUCAUAUUUUGAAACAAAAGUGGAGAAAACCAGACAUUUGUCAACUGUUUCGUUGAUCACCAGCUAAUGGUUGUGGUGACCACCUGUGCGCCCAAUAAUUACCGAUUGUCGGACGUCACGACUAUUGCAUCACUUGCCCCACACACCGGACACACCACACACUGGGACUGCAUGCCCCUGGAUGAAUUUCAUCCAUUUAUUGAGGCUCUGUUGCCUCACGUCAAGUCAUUUUCCUACACGUGGUUCAACCUUCAGGCGGCUAAACGCAAGUACUUCAAGAAACACGAAAAACGUAUGACUCUUGAAGAGGAGCGCAGAUGUAAAGAGGAAUUACAGAAUGAGAGACUGGAAGUGAAGCAGAAAUGGGCGUCACGUUUGUUGGGAAAACUGAGGAAAGACAUCACUCAGGAGUGCAGAGAGGACUUCGUGUUGGGCAUCACUGGCAAAAAACGUGUCAAUUGUGUGCUCAGUAAUCCCGAUCAGAAGGGAAAAAUGAGACGAAUUGAUUGUCUCAGACAAGCAGAUAAGGUAUGGCGUCUCGACUUAGUUAUGGUUAUACUGUUUAAAGCCAUACCAUUGGAAUCAACUGACGGCGAAAGACUGGAGAAGUCUAUUGAAUGUCUUCAUCCGAGUCUUUGUGUGAAUCCCUAUCACAUUAACGUAUCCGUCCGGGAACUGGACCUAUAUCUCGCUAACUUUAUAUUUAGUCACGACCAUUUGCGGGGGAUUCACGAUACAUGUGAUAAUGAGAGUGAGGAUGACAUGAAUGUUAACAUAAGCCGACACCGAGACAUACAUAACAAUGCAAAUACACUGUUAGCCACUGGGGUUUUCACUUCAGCCGAACUCUACCGGCUCUCUAAAGCAUCUAUAAUACAACCGCAAUCUCCAGGACUGCAACACGUAAUCAAAGUCGAACCAAAUGCUGGCUCUUAUUAUUGCAAUAAUUACUCUCCCGAUGACCCAAACGGUACACUCGCCGUAUCGAUACCGGUGUCCAAUUUGUCAUCGGGAACCGGUAUAAUGAGCAAUACCGGUCACAACACACACUUAUCUAUAAGCCACACGGCAUCGGCAUCUAGUCCAGCCAGUGAUGUCCAUCAUCAGCACAGUCAUCAUCACAAUAGUAAACGUCAGCGACGGUUGACAACUAUUGAUGAUAAUGAUGAAACUGAUAAGAGUUCCAACGAUUUGCAAUAUUAUGCUCAGACGUGGCAAACGGGUCCCGACAUUGAACACGUGUCCGGUGUACAGCAUCUUCAUAUGUCACCGCACGUCAAGAUUAAACAAGAAGUGACACAAAUAGGUCAACACUAUCACUGCUCACAACAAUCACCUAAAGAGUUGUCCAAUAAAUCUAUUAAUGAUUCACACCAUAGGGAAGGUAUUGUAAAUCAAUUAAAAGACUCAUAUUUAUCACAUUCACAUUCACCGGUACUAAAUGUGAGCUCAGCGUCGAGUACAUCAGUUGGUCCGAUAUCAUCACAAAAUUCAUAUUAUUCACUGCCUCCGGGAAAAUAUCAGGAAAAUGGCGAUACAUUGUCUGAUUUUGUGAAUCUGGUCUGUCAAGAGGCUCAAAAUAAUGGUAACUGUUCACAGGGACAGAACAAUGAUAUUGAUCCUAACAACAGUCCUAAGUUGUCGACACCAUCACACCAUCAACAGCAUCAUUACUACAACUCGUCCAUUUCAAUGCUGCCGCCACCACCACCUGCUCCUAUGGCCAGACCUGUUCCUAUAAUACGAUCACCCAUAGAGUCCUGUUCACCGGAGAUGAUUGUUCAUUCAUCUCCCAGUCCGCCAAUAACGACCCGAACGAUGGUCAACGGUGGACACGACACCUCAUCAGCAGCCAGUGUUGUUGUGCAACACGUGCGCGGAGAUAACACAACAGAUAUUAGAGUGUCAUCGCCUCAAACCAGUGCCGCUAUGAAUGUAUGCAUUGGCGAUAGUAUAGUGUCACCAAUUAACAGAUCUGUGGUCAACAGUCCAUUCACAACACUUGGCAGACACGACCACUCAUUCUCUCACGUCUCACAUCAUUCUGUCUCACAGCUAUUUACAUAUCCCUCUGCAAUGAGUCAAGUAAGUGCAAUGUCAGGUGUGAUCAGUCCAACUAUGUUUAAUUCACCGGCAACUACACCCCGAUCCACACCGCGCACAACACCUAUUCCUCGAUGGAAUACCGGCGCCUCAACAUUCUUACCAUUGGACGAAAACUUAGACUAUGGUAUGAUGGCUGGGCUCAUGCCUACCGGUGCCACUGAGGUCGACUCGCCUCAUAUGAUUGGAGCGGAAGACCGAUUUUUUUCUGUGGUUCACAACAGUCCCGAUGACGGGACAGUUGGACAAAACUUGUCGCAUGUAAAUACUGGUUCCGGUUCUGGUGGAGGUCCCGGUAGCACUGGCUCUAGCUCUACACCGCCCACACCUACUAAGAUUAUACACAAUAAUUGAUUGCCAUAUAUUUGAUAUAUGAUAUUAAACACAUAAUACAAUGAAAAAAUAUACAACUUUAUAAUCAUUUUUUUGUGUUAUUAAAUUGAAUUCAAUUCAAUGCAAAAACAACGCAUAGAU